GGGGAUGGCCGGCCUCUUGGAGAGUGAGAACUCGUGUUGUGGCGGCGCCGGGCCGGCGCAAACGCGCCACAGGGCCCUUCGAGAGGGGGUGUUCUGGGGCUUCUCGGCACGAGAAGAGGUUCUCGUACCCGUUGCGUUGUUUUUGCCUGUCACUUACUUCACAUCGGUUUAGUUUCGAAGAUGAAGUUCAGCAAGGACGUUUCUUCUUCUCGUCGCAAGUGCCGCAAGGCCCACUUCACCGCCCCCUCUCAUGCCCGCCGCCUCCUCAUGAGCUCUGCUCUGUCCAAGGAGCUGCGCGCCAGCUACGGCAUCCGCUCCCUGCCCAUCCGCCGUAACGAUGUUGUCACCAUCAAGACCGGCCAGUUCAAGGGUAUCUCCGGCAAGGUCGUCAAGGUCUACCGCCUGAAGAUGUGCGUCUACGUCGAGGGUGCCUCCAAGAAGAAGGCCGAUGAGUCCCUCAUCCCCGUCCCGAUCGACGCCUCCAACCUCCAGAUCACUCAGCUCCACCUCGACAAGAACCGUGAGAAGCUUCUCAAGGUCCGUGCCGCCGGUAAGGCCAAGGAGCAGACCGUUGCCUAAAUAUGCCUCCUUUUGGCAACGACAGAGCGAUGUAGCCGUGCACCACCGCGCGUGUUCUCCCCCGUCUUCUCUCCGAUACACCUCCUUUCUCUCUGUCC